AAAAAAACAGUUAUUACCAUGAAUAUUUGUGGAAAGUUUGUUGGAGAAAUUCAUCCAGUCUUUAUCAUAGCAGAAAUCGGCCAAAAUCAUCAAGGUUCGCUGGAAAUUGCAAAAGAGAUGAUUUUGGAAGCUAAGGAACUAGGCGUUGACUGCGUUAAGUUCCAGAAGUCUAAUCUGAACGCCAAGUUUACCCGGAAUGCCCUUGAAAGAUCCUACUCGGGGCCCAACUCUUGGGGGUCAACCUACGGAGAGCACAAAUCGCACUUGGAAUUUUCGACCAAUGAAUAUCGCGCCCUACAGGAGUUUUGCUCCGAAAUAGAUAUUAUGUUCACUGCGUCAGCAAUGGAUCCAGUCUCUCUGCAACAACUGGUAGACUUGGAGGUACCUUUCAUAAAAAUUGGUUCCGGCGAUGCCGAUAAUCUUCCCAUGCUGAGACAAGCCGCGCUCGCCGAUAUGCCCCUAGUCGUUUCAACCGGAAUGCAAUCGUGGGCUCAAGUCCAGCGGAUUCAUCAAAUUCUUCGCGAUACCUCCACGGCACUUCUGCACUGCAUUUCGGCUUAUCCCACGCCUCCUAAAGAGGCACACCUCAAUCUGAUCCCAUUGUACAAGCGCCAUUUUCCAGAAUUCAUCAUUGGUUACUCAGGACAUGAGCUCGGGCUGCAGAUUACCGUAGCUUCCGUACUUUUGGGAGCACGUAUCGUCGAACGUCAUUUCACGCUGGACAAAAGCUGGAAGGGAACGGAUCACCAGGCGUCCCUAGAUCCAGCAGAAUUCGGUAGACUGGUCAGAUACAUUCGAGCGGUGGAGAACAUCGGUUGUGUCCGGGAAAGUCACCAGAUACAGCAAAUUUGCGCACAAGUUUUGCUCGAGUCGGAUUACAACCGGGACGAACUUGGUCAAGCCUUAAAAUCGGUAACGGUGGAUGAUCGCAAACUUUUGGAAGCGGAAAUUGCUUGUCACAGUAAGUUGGGCAAAUCACUAGUUUUCGGCAGUGAUGUUGAACCGGGUCAUGUAUUGCAAAAGGCAGACGUUGCAGUAAAAGUUAGUGAGCCCCAUGGUCUUUCGCCGACGUUGUACGAUAGCGUUGUGGGAAGAAAAAUUGCUCGUAGCUGCCGUAAGGACGAUCCCAUUCGAGAGAAUGAUUUAACUGAUUGAAUGAUAUUAAAUGUUGAAAACUGAGUUACAUUUUUAAACAGCAUGUAUAAAAUAAUGCCAAUAGAG